CCAUUCGCUCGGGGAGCCAUUUUCCACGGUAAUAACACGCUGCUUUCCCAGCUUUUAUUUCUCCAUUCUGGCUCUCCUGCUCCCAGCGGGAAUUGAUGAAAUCCGUUGUAGUUUCGAACUUCCGGAAUCCUUCGUCGUAUCGCCAUGGCCUCCGAUUCCUUUCCUUCAGUCCGGGCUCAAAUUCCUCAGUGCAGCAAGCCUGAAGAUGCUACAGUUCCAGUCCACAUUGUUACGCAUGCUUCACAACUUCCUUCAGAAUUUCUGAACCCUUCAGCCGACAGUCAGCUGGUUGUUGGCUUUGAUUGUGAAGGCAUUGAUCUUUGUCGUGCUGGAGGUCUUUGCCUAAUGCAGCUAGCAUUUACAGAUGCCAUAUACUUGGUCGAUACCAUUGAAGGUGGAGAUGCACUUGUGCGAGCUUGUAAACCAGCGCUAGAGUCUAGUUACAUUACAAAAGUCAUCCAUGACUGCAAGAGGGAUAGUGAGGCCUUAUAUUUUCAGUACGAUAUCAAAUUGCACAAUGUGGUAGAUACCCAACUGAUCAAUGGCUUGAUAUUUCUCCUUUUUUUUUUUAAUUCUCAUGUAGGUGUUACUUAUAUUGAAAAGGAAGAAGUCCGUGGUCUUCUAAGAAAGGAUCCUAAUUUCUGGACAUACAGACCAAUGUCGGACCUGAUGAUCCGCACAGCUUCCGAUGAUGUUCGCUUUCUCCUGCAUAUUUAUCACAAAAUGAUGGAUAAGUUGAACAGAAAUUCCUUGUGGCAUCUUGCUGUUCGUGGUUGUCUAUACUGCAGAUGUUUCUGCAUUAAUGACAAUAACUAUGCUGAUUGGAAACCUUCUCCUAUUCCUGAUAGCCUAGUUACUGAAGGCUAUGCUCCUGAGGAAGAAAUUCUUUCAGUGUUGGAUGUUCCUCCCGGAAAAAUGGGACUGGUUAUUGGUAAAAAGGGUGCAACUAUUCUAUCAAUAAAAGAAUCCUGCAACGCAGAAAUUUUAAUUGGUGGAUCCAAGGGUCCUCCCGACAAGGUCUUCAUUAUUGGACCGUUGAAGGAGGUGAGGAAAGCAGAAGCCAUUAUCCGAGGGCGGUUUGUGACCUGGUAGCUUCUGUCAAGGUAUUCUCAACCAAGAUCGAUAAUAAAAACCCAUCCAACCAAAUUUCUCUCUCGAUUAACGUAUUCAAUUAUGUUAUAUAUUUAUAAUCACGCUUUCUGCUAUUUAAAAGAGAUGAGCUCAAAACUUUACACUGCUUCUGUUUAUACAUGACAAAGGGAUCUCUUGCUUUUCUUUCUUUUUCUACCUCUUCUCUCAUUCCACUUGAGAAACUCAAUUUGAUUUGCCAUCUGCUUUUGCAUUGAAUCUUUCUCAGUUUCAUUAUUCCUUCUCGAUAUGUAGAAUAUUCACUAAAUUUUGUUUUUUCCAGUUUGAUUUGAACCACCCCGAAUAAGUCAAAAAGACAGGUUUGUAAUUUUGUGAAAGGAUAAGUACAGUUCAUUUAUCUGCGAGAAUCCAACAGAGAAACUGUUUGCAAUCAAACUGUGAAUUCAGACAGAGUGACAGUACUUUGAGUUUAAUCUAUAGAAAUAAUGAAUUACUUGCUCAUCC